AUGCUUAAAGAAGAGUGUGGUUUCCCAGAUACUGUUGACUUUAGUGACAGAUAUAAAGAAGCUAUUGGAAAGUUCAAGGAUGGAAAUACUGACCCGAACCUAUUUAGCUUUAUGGCUCAGCACCAAAACGGAUAUAAUCUCAAACCUGGAAAAUACAAGCUCGCUAAGGGAUAUGAUUUAAUAGCAUAUCAUCCAAAUGACAUGGAUGAAUUUACUCCGAGAUAUUUGAUGUCAGAGCUAAAUGACAAUUCAACUUUCGUCAUGAAACGCGUAAAAAAUAGAGACGGAACGAAAGAACAAAAGCUUAUGAAUGCGGAUGACGUAGAUAGGGAAAUUGUUGAAAACGGUCUCGGAAUAUAUGAAAUGCCAGCAGAUGAGGUACAAGAAACUCCACAGGAAGAAGUUCAGAUACAACCAGACAUGGAAGAAAUAGUUCAGCAACAACAGCUAGAAGAGCCUGAAGGAAACGAACAAGUCACUCCUUUGGAAACUAACUUCACAGAACUAGAUGAAGAUUUGGAACAGCCGAAAAAUCUUGACCCUCAACAAGAGUAUGCGGAGAAUAUGGAAUAUUUCCAAGAGUCUAAAAAAAAUUCGGCUGACAUAGUAGAAGAAUAUCGAAAAAUGUUUGCCGACAUACAAAAGACUCCAACAUCAGAUGAAAAUAUCCAGCAUAGAAUGGAAGAACUGAAAAAAAAUGUACACAAAUACAACAACCCUUUUUACUUACGAGCAUUUAACGUUCAAUCUUCGGAUGAACUCGGUGAAAAUAAAAGGUUAAAUUUCAAGAAAACAUAUAGAAAUGAAACAUUGUUUAAAGUUCAUUCAGA